AUGCCUCGUGGAAACGCUCAACAGACAAAGGUCGUCUACAAGGGCAAGAGCGACGACUUCGUAGUCUUCAUUGACUCGAUCGAGGACCUUGAGAAGUGGAAGAAGGACUCGUCUGUUCCGCUUGCACAGGUGCUGAAUGGGUGGAAGGUGUUCUGUACACACAAACAAGGCGCACAAGGAAUCAUGGACGAAGCCUCCAAGGCCAACCUAGAUGACGAAUUUGGCACCACCGUGGAGGAGGAGGUCGUGAAGAAGAUAUUGCUAGGCGGGUCGCCGCAGGUCGCAGUAGCGAAAGAGCGCCAGGGCAACACCAACCCCACCAAUGGCGACGCCCCCCAUUAA